UUGAGGUUAGUUGGAGGAUACUGGAAAGGAGAAGGAAGAGUAGAGAUUUUGUACAAUGGUUACUGGGGUACUGUUUGUGAUGACAUCUGGGAUAUAAGCGACGCGAGAGUUGUUUGCCGUGAACUUGGAUAUCCAGACGCUGUUAGUGCUCCACACGAUGCACGCUUCGGUCAAGGAAGUGGUCCAAUUUGGUUGGAUGAUGUACACUGCUUGGGAAUUGAAAGGUCUAUUGUAGAUUGUGGGCACAGUGGAUGGGGUGUAGAAAACUGCGCUCACAGUGAAGAUGCAUCGGUGAUUUGUUCAAGUAAGUACAACCUAACCAACCUAUGCAUAUAUUGACGAAUAUACUAGUGUGGCUUUAUAUGCGUUAUUUAGUAUAUGCAAAAGCAAGAUAAUAUUAAGGCCUAUAGCUAGUAAGAGUGCAAAACAGUGGAGAAAAAACUAGCUACCUUAGCUACCUAUUAGUUUGUUUCUUUUCAUAAAUACUUUAAUUUAACUCUGUGCAUUUACCUUUUACUUUAUAGCUAAUACAUCUUCAAUACCUACAACUAUUUCACCAACAUCAGGUAACAGAAACUUCCGUUUUGAUUUUUCCUGCAUUCAGUUUUAGAAUUGUAAGAAACACAUUUUAUUUUGUACUUGUAGUAGAGCUCUCAGUAACGACAGUUUCUAGCUCCGUCCCAAGUGACAGCGGUAAGUAGUUUCACGAUCUUAAUUCUAUAUGCUUAACUUAUUAAUUAAACCGUACACUAUGGAAAACGUUUGACUGCAUUCAUAUGACAGAUAUAAGAGAGGCGAACAUUCUCCAACCGUUUACACAGUAACGUUAAACUUUCGUUCUUUCCAUUCCAAGUGACAUGUGCAAAAUUAAGCCGCCCAGGAUGGGUUUUUAUGGAAACAACGUCAACAGAGGCUUUAUACAACAUCGUAUACGUAUGGGUAUGAGGAUUAUGUCUACUAGUGAAUGGGAAGGGGAAAAUUAGGCUAUCAAAAAGUCACGUCAAAAAGUUCAUACGCCGAUUUUCCCUUACUAUUUGUUUGUUUCUCUGCUAAUUUUCUUUUGCAGCAGGAAUUUCAGCGAGUGUAUCGCCAUCAAUCAGUGCAACUGGAGUGUCAAGUAAGUCUAAAAAUUUCUCCAUCACUCUCCAGAUCUGAAAGAAAGUUUUUAUUGUACAUCAAGACAGUCAUUUUAAGAAUUGGAAAAUCAAACAUUUAAAACGUCUCGCCUGGCAUGUGUCGGUUAAUGGAGUUCUACUUUGAUAAUCUACGAAACCAGGAUGGUGUGUUUAGUUCGCCGAAGUACGAUAUUGAUUUUUAACCUUUUAAUAACUCACAGUUUGCGUGUGUGUUAGCAUUAUCACUAUUAAUAUUAUCCAUUUAUUUUUCUGUACGCGUGUCAGCAAGUGUAUCAAUCAGUCAAAGCUUCUAUAGUGAAUUCAGUCCACGUGAUGUCCUCAAGGGAAUUUGCUUUGUACGUGGAUAGCGCGAUAUUUAAAAGAAACAGUUCUCUAGGGUAACAUCAGAUGGUCUGUAAUUUUCUUUUCGCAGGACUGAGACUUGUUGGUGGAAGCUGGAACGGAGAGGGACGAGUAGAGAUAUUGUAUAGCGGCAGCUGGGGAACUGUGUGCGAUGACAUCUGGAAUAUGAAUAAUGCUCGAGUCGUAUGCCGUCAGCUGGGAUAUUCUGACGCUGUUAGCGCUUUAAAUGAUGCACAUUUCGGUGCUGGAAGUGGUCAAAUCUGGCUAGACAAUGUCAAUUGUGCGGGAAGUGAAGAUUCCAUUGAGAAUUGCCCGCACAAUGGAUGGGGUUCACAUAACUGCGGUCACCAUAAAGAUGCAUCUGUCAUUUGUUCAAGUAAGUACGCGAGUAGUGACCUCGUCUCAGUUGCAUAUGCUCCAUCUCUGUAA